AUCCAAACUUUUUUUUUGACCGGCUUUUCACUGAGUUGGUCAAUUUUUUUCCUUUCUGAGUAAUGUCAAAAUUGUAACAGUAAGAUGCACAAAUCUCUCUCGAUUUAUAGAAGAAAACUAUCACAUGUCUGCAAUUUAAAGCCAUACAAGGAUACUAGAUGGCUAAUGCCAAAUGGGAAUCCAACGGGGUUAUUCGUGUACAACUGCGUAGCAGAUCAAAAAGUCCCAGUGAUUCUGAGUGAUCCUCAUAUAGGUACGUGGUACUCCUGUGGUCCAACUGUAUAUGACUCUGCACAUAUUGGCCAUGCAAGCUGCUAUGUAAAAUUAGAUAUUGUUCAACGAAUACUAAAAUCAUUUUUUAACAUAAAACUUGUAACAGCUAUGGGAAUAACAGAUAUUGAUGACAAGAUAAUCAAAAAAGGCAUAGAAACAAAAACAGAUUUUAGAACUAUUGCCAAGCAAUAUGAAUAUGAAUUUUGGCUUGAUAUGUCUAAUCUCAAUAUAGAAAAACCUUCAAUUAUCACUAGAGUAUCAGAGCAUAUUGGAUCAAUAGAACAAUUUAUCAAGAAGAUUAUUAACUCUGAAAUGGCAUAUGUCACAUCUGAUGGAUCAGUAUAUUUUGAUACAAGUAAAUUCUCAUCAUAUGGUAAGUUGCAUAAAAUGCAAGAAUCUGGAGAACCUUUAGAUGACUUUAAAAAGAAUAAAAUGGACUUUGCUCUUUGGAAGGGAAAGAAACCAGGGGAACCCUCAUGGCCUGUUUCUUGGGGAGAAGGGAGACCUGGGUGGCACAUAGAGUGUUCAGCUAUGGUGAGUAAAGUGUUUGGAUCACAACUAGACUUUCAUGCUGGUGGAGUAGACCUUCAGUUUCCUCAUCAUGAGAAUGAAGAAGCUCAAUCAUGUGCCUUCCACAACACAUUGCAAUGGGCCAACUACUGGAUACAUGUAGGACACUUACAUGUGAAAGGUGAUGCAAAAAUGUCUAAAUCAUUAAGAAACACUAUUUCUAUUUCUGAACUUUUAGAAAAGUAUAGUGCGGAUACAUUUAGAAUGGCAUGCCUCAUGUCAAAUUACAGAUACCCAAUGGAAUUCAGUGACCAGAUGAUGGAAACUGCUGAACAAACAUUAAAGAAUUUCAAAUUUUUCUUUAAAGAUGUCUGUGUUUAUGUUAACAACAGUAAUAUACAAAAUGGAGAUUACAACGAUAAAUUAUUAGAUGAUCUACAAAAAGUUGAACAUCAAAACCUUAAAUUUCUUAAAUCAGAUUUUGACACAGCUUCAUGUAUAAAUAAUUUAUCAAACUUCAUAUCAAAUACAAAUAAAAUAAUAAAAGCAGAUAACAAUGAAUACUAUCCAGUACCGAUGAUAUUAAUAGCCGAUUAUGUGACCACUGUUUUAUUGAACCUGGGUUUAACAUUAAAAGAGAGUAAACAAGACAAUGUUUCUGGUUCCAUUAUAGAUACUUUAGUUGAUUUCAGACAUACAGUAAGGUUAAAUGCCUUAACAAGAAAGGACAAAGAUCUACUAAAUGCUUGUGAUGUAGUAAGAGACAAACUGAAGGCAAUCAAAGUUCAAGUCAAUGAUAGUAAUCAAUCAUCUUCCUGGGUGUAUACUAGAUAAACAUUAAAAUGUAUUAUUUUAGUUACUUCUGUCUUUGUAAGAUAUGUAUAUACAAAUAUAUUUAAUUUUAAUAUUAUGUAAUAUUUUGUUUAUUAUA